AUGCCCAUGCUGCAUGCCCCAAGAGCAUCCAGUGACAGACCGUCCUUGUCCAGCGGCCCCACUUCCCACGAUGGCGUGACUGGUCGCAGCACAGUGCGGACCGGCGGCGACAACCACAACCCUCUGGCAUUAAUGUCAUAUGCCAUGCAGAAACUAAACGGUCCUGGACAGUCAUUUCUUCACCGUACGGAUAAUGUAAUGAAUGUUGGGCUCCCGUUCUCUGCCACCGCAUCUGACGGUGGCAGAUGUGAAAAGUGA